AUGGCUGCUGCCGAAGCGGCGGUGCCGUCGUCCUCUUCAAAGACAGACACUGUCCCAGUCCUUGAAACUGCAGGAACAGCCGCAGCAAUGGCUACGACCCCUUCAGCUAUGGCUGCAGCGGCGACCGUUGCGGCCGCGGCCAGGACCGGAUCCGAAGCCAGGGUCUCCAAGGCCGCUUUAGCUACUAAGCUGCUGUCUCUGAGCGGCGUGUUCGCUGUGCACAAGCCCAAAGGGCCCACUUCAGCCGAGUUGCUGAAUCGGUUGAAGGAGAAGCUGCUGGCAGAAGCUGGAAUGCCUUCUCCAGAAUGGACCAAGAGGAAAAAGCAGACUUUGAAAAUUGGACAUGGAGGGACCCUAGACAGUGCAGCCCGAGGAGUUCUGGUUGUUUCCCUGGGCGCUGGCCUCAAACUCCUGACCUCAAGCGAUCCUCCCACCUCGGCUAGGAGGUAUACUGCCAUUGGAGAACUGGGCAAAGCUACCGACACACUAGAUUCUACGGGGAAAGUAACAGAAGAGAAACCUUACGAUAAAAUAACACAAGAAGAUAUUGAAGGCAUUCUACAGAAAUUUACUGGGAAUAUAAUGCAAGUACCCCCCCUCUAUUCCGCAUUAAAGAAAGAUGGCCAGAGACUUUCAACUUUGAUGAAGAGAGGUGAAGUCGUAGAAGCAAAACCUGCCAGGCCAGUUACUGUAUACAGUAUCUCCCUUCAGAAAUUCCAGCCACCAUUUUUCACAUUAGAUGUUGAAUGUGGAGGAGGUUUUUAUAUCAGAAGCUUGGUCAGUGACAUUGGCAAAGAACUGUCUUCCUGUGCCAAUGUGCUAGAGCUGACCCGAACCAAACAGGGACCAUUUACACUGGAAGAACAUGCCCUUCCUGAAGACAAAUGGACAAUUGAUGACAUCGCACAGUCUCUUGAGCAUUGCUCAUCUCUUCUCCCAGCAGAGUUGGCACUUAAAAAAUCAAAACCUGAGGAGUCUAAUGAACAGGUUUUGAGCUGUGAAUAUAUAACUCUAAAUGAGACAAAGGGAGAAGACGAUGUAAGUAAGACAUUUUGA